GGUUGAUAUAAAUUUGGAAGGAAUUAGUGUAUCAUCAAUGCUUCAAAUAUAAAAUAUUUUUUUUGUCCGCUAUAAGAAGAAAGCGGGGUAGUAUCGAGCGCAAAAUAUAAGCCAGUUCAAUGUCGCGGUUCGUAGACAGGCUUCCCUUCGAGAUGAGGUCGAAUAAUCCCAUGGUGGAAGCAGAGGAUAUGGGAAGAGAUGGACUUCUCUUGAGCCACUACACCGGCGGCGGGCGGGGCUCGCAAACGCUCGGCCAACUUCUGAAGCGUGUCGGCGACGCUAGCGACCACCAGGUGUUUGAGCUCGGCGAGCUUAACGGCGAUAGUAGCCCUGGGCCUGGCCAGAGCAUUCCGUUUGUGCUCGCCUUUACUGAUCUUAGUUACAGUGUUAAAAUCUCGAACAAGCUGUCCUUUUUCCGCCGGCGGAGGGAAGGUUUCUCGAACACGAAGACACUGUUGGACUCCAUUUCUGGGGAGGCGAAGGAAGGGGAGAUCUUGGCCGUCCUCGGCGCAAGCGGCUCCGGCAAGUCCACGCUCAUCGACGCCCUAGCGAACCGAAUAGCGAAAGAUAGCUUGAGAGGAUCCAUCACGCUGAACGGCGAGCCACUCGACUCAAAGCUUCUUAAGGUGAUUUCGGCCUAUGUGAUGCAGGACGAUCUGCUUUACCCCAUGCUCACGGUCGAAGAAACGCUCAUGUUCGCCGCCGAUUUCCGGCUUCCGCGAACGCUGUCGAGGUCGAAGAAGAAGAGCCGAGUGCAGACGCUGAUCGACCAGCUGGGUCUUAGAAGGGCAGCAAAGACGAUAAUUGGUGAUGAGGGGCAUAGGGGCGUUUCAGGAGGAGAGCGGCGACGGGUUUCGAUCGGUAUUGAUAUUAUUCAUGAUCCCAUUAUUCUGUUUCUCGACGAGCCGACGUCGGGGCUCGACUCCACCAGCGCGUACAUGGUGGUGCAGGUGCUUAAGCGGAUUGCGGAAAGCGGGAGUAUCGUUAUCAUGUCGAUUCACCAGCCUUCCUACAGAAUCCUCGGCCUCCUCGACCGUCUCCUCUUCCUCUCCCGCGGCCAAACCGUCUUCAGCGGCACUCCCGACUUCCUCCCCCUCUACUUCUCCGAAUUCGGAAAACCAAUCCCUGAAAACGACAACCGAACGGAGUACGCCCUCGACCUUAUUCGCGAACUCGAAUCCACCCCCGGCGGCACCAAGCCCCUCGUCGACUUCCACCGCUCAUGGCAAGCCAUCAAGCACCUCAGCAACCACGGAACCCCCAAAAAGGAACUUUACACUCUCUCCCUCAAAGACGCCAUAAGCGCUAGCAUCUCCCGCGGAAAGCUCGUCUCCGGCGCCACCAAUACCUCCACCUCCUCUUCCGCCACCGUCCAGCCCUUCGCCAAUCCAGCAUGGAUAGAAAUAAUCGUGCUCACCAAACGCGCCGCGACCAACUCUCGCCGCACGCCGGAGCUAUUUGGGAUCCGGCUUGGGGCCGUUCUCGUCACCGGAUUUAUACUUGCGACUAUUUUCUGGCGGCUCGAUAAUUCUCCCAAGGGCGUGCAGGAACGAAUGGGCUUCUUUGCCAUAGCCAUGUCGACAAUGUUCUACACUUGCGCCGACGCGCUACCCGUCUUCCUUCAAGAACGUUACAUCUUCAUGCGCGAAACAGCCUACAACGCCUACCGCCGCUCCUCCUACGUCCUCUCCAACGCCAUUGUCAGCCUCCCAUCCCUCGUCCUUCUCUCCGCCGCUUUCGCCGCCACUACCUUCUUCGCCGUCGGCCUCGCCGGCGGCACCUCAGGCUUCAUCUUCUUCUUCCUCAUCGUCCUCGCCUCCUUCUGGGCCGGCAGCGGCUUCGUCACCUUUCUCUCCGGCAUCGUCUCCAACGUCAUGCUCGGCUACACCAUCGUCGUCGCCAUUCUCGCCUACUUCCUUCUCUUCAGCGGCUUCUUCAUAACGCGGGACAGAAUUCCUCAUUAUUGGAUCUGGUUUCACUACCUCUCGCUGGUGAAAUACCCCUACGAAGCGGUGCUUCAGAACGAGUUCGACGAUCCACGAAAAUGCUUUGUUAAAGGCGUGCAGAUGUUCGAUAACACGCCGCUGGGUUCGUUGCCGGAGUUUCUGAAGUUGAAUGUUUUGAAGGCGAUGAGCAAUUCGCUUGGGGUGAGCUUGACUAGCCAGACUUGUAUUACGACGGGUACAGAUAUAUUGAAACAGCAAGGCGUGACUGAUAUUAGUAAAUGGGGAUGCUUUUGGGUUACUGUCGCCUGGGGAUUCUUGUUCAGAAUGAUCUUCUACUUUGCGUUGUUGGCUGGGAGCAAGAACAAGAGAAAUUAGACGACGAGGGAUCGAUAGUACUGCAGGGAGAGAAGAACGUACGUGUAUUCAGACUGAUAUAUAUACAUAUAGAUAUAUAUAUAGAAAUUGAGAGACAUGUGAAAUAAGUAAGCUACGUUAAUUAACUGUUCAAAGCUUCUUCUUUUUUGGCUUCUGUUGGAAUUUAUCAUAAACUUCUUGAUAAAAAAUGUAUCCUUUCAUAGUUUCAUUGAACUUCGAAAAGAAAAAAGAAAGUUUCAGAAGGGAAAAAGUGUUGAUGAUCAGUUAGUUAAAGCUGGCUUUGUAAAGGAGCUGCAGUUGUGAAGGGAGAUCGAACCGCGGAAGUAUUGAAAGAUGGAAGGAUCUGUUAAGAUAGUAAAGAGCUGUUAUAACUAACAUGUGAUUAUUAAGGAAAGACAGAGGCUUCGCUUAAAUUGUAGUAACUGAUUGAUUACAAUAGGUCGUAAGAUAGUAAAGAGUUCCUAGCUCGAUCUUAGCAUGUAAUUAUAUCAGUUAUUGUAUUGCAUUGUCGUCCCUAUUUGAAUGAAAAAUAUUUACUUGACUCAA